UGUGUGUGUGUGUGCGUGUGUGUGUGUGUGUGUGUGUGCGUGUGUGUGUGUGUACAAUGUAUCUGUUUGAAUACCAGAACUGAAUAUCGCGCCUCUCUUUUAUUAGACCGUCAAGAGAUGAAAACCAAGUUGAAAUUUGUUGUGACGGUUGCCAUGGGAACGUCUGUUUUCCUGUUCUUCGCUUUGGCAAACAAACAGUCCUGGCAACUUCGUUCUUACCAACCUUCCCGAGCCCCAGCUCCAUUAAGCCGGAAUAUUUUCCCAAACGGUUCUGGUGACAAAACCACCCCAGACGAAGAAGGCGCUCGGCUGUCUAGGCUUCUGCAGGAAUUCACGGGCAGCUACCUCGAUAUUCCAGCAGACAACGAAACGGCAACCUCUGCAGACUUCACGGAAUUCCAGAUCCUACAUCCGGGGUCUGUCUACAGAGUCGGCGACAUUUUGUCUGUGCUGAUCCGUGCAAAGGACAUGCGCAACAGAGAGAAGACUUAUGGAGGAGAUUUCUUCCGUGCUAAGAUCUACACCGAGAGGACCAAGUCCAGUGCGCCCGGCCGGGUCCGGGACUUCGGGAACGGGACGUACGGGGUGACGUUUCGGCUCCUGUGGGAGGGUGACGUCACCGUUAGUGUGCGGAUGGUCCACUCCUCCAGCGCAGUCCGUGUCAUCAAACGUGUGGCUGAAGGUUUCCCCUUCAACCGCAGCUGGUAUCAGCGAAGAUACAUCACUGGAAAUAAAUCGUCGACUGGUUGGUGCAGUUUGAAUCCCAACGACUUGCAGAUUCCUGAGGGUGGUGGCAUCUGUGACUUCUCUGAUAGCUAUGCAGGAGUGGAGUGGUACUGCCAGAGACCUGAAGGCGUGGCCUGUAAGCAGUCAGUGUUCCAUCGGCACAAUGGCUAUCUUAAAGAACAUACGGACCUAGGGCUGACUGAAGAGGAGAUGCGAUAUUUCAAGUUUAUGCAUAGGCGAAAUGGACGGGGUCUCGAGGCCAUCAAAGCCGAGAUUCAAAGCAAAAAUUCCACAAUCCAGGUGGCAGGGAAUUCGUCUGGAGCAGACGAGGAGGAGCAGCUACCGAGUUGCCGACCUGGGCUUCCUGUCCCGGUACCUUCUGGGUAUUACCGCAAUGGCCGGUGGGUAUCACGUGUCUGCGCGACAACGAGGCUGUCGCCAUUGGAGUACAAGAAAUGCCUGCAAAACAAAAUUCUCGACUUUCUCGGGGACUCAACCGUCCGGCAGUGGGCUGAGUUUUUAGCCAAGCUCCUAAACAUGGAGAAUAUUCCGGUUCCUUACUUCACAUCCGCAACGGCCGGGCCAGUGCACUACUUGGAGACAGAAUGGAACAUAACAACCCGGUACCAGUCGCACGGAACCCCCUUAAAAACCUACACGUGGACGAACGCCACUGUGCUGAGUAAUUUAGCUCGAAUCAUUGACAGCAUCCCCGGAGGACCCGACAGAGUGGUCGUGGUCACACUUGGGCUGCAUUUCAGCAAUCAUCCUCUCAGUGUUUUCAUCCGCCGCGUUCGAGCCGUUCGGGCCGCCAUCUUGCGCCUGCGCAGUAGAGAACCCGAGACAAUUGUCGUCAUCAAACCCCCGAAUACGACAGGAGCGAGCUUCAAUCACCUGGACGAAUGGCCGCUAUUUCAGAUAUAUCUGGUCUUGAAGGAGAUGUUCUCUGGGUUGCCUGUUGUGUUGGUGGACACGUGGGAAAUGACCGACUGCCAGUUUCACGAGGACAAUGUCCACCCAACUAACGAUGUCAUAUCUGAGGAGGUUUCUUACAUGUUGUCGUAUGUUUGUGUCUAAUGUCACAUUGCCAAUUCAAAACCCGACCUGGUACGUUUCACGAGCUCUUUGUGUUCUCUUGCUGGGACGUCGCCCGAAAGUAGUGAAACAACAGACACAGACACAGAAAAUUCAUAUUUGUUCUUUGGUACAUACAUUUGUAUUAAAGGAGAUUACAGAUUGCA